AACUAAUUACAUAUCACAAAACUAUCAAAAAAUUUAUGUAGACUCUCAUAAUUCUUAACUGUCGAGAAAUAUGAAGCAUAUAAGAAACCAAUUACCCCAUAACCAAAAGCUGAAAUCUUAGCAUGAUUCUCCAAUUAAAGCUAAGGGAGAGAAAUGGGGAGAGGAGACACACAUUCUCCGAACACAAAGAGGGACAAAAUCACCGUCGAUACCAAUUCCCCAUACCCUCUGUCUCCCUCCCUUGUAAUUACUUGAUUUUAUUACUUGAUUAAUUAAUGAUCCAACACCUUAAUUAAUUGUCGAGAAAUUUUACAAUACUAUAUAGUAUUGGUGCUAUAAGUUUUUGUUUUUAUGGUAUAACUUAAAAUUGUACAUUUACGUUGUGGUACAAUUUCAGAUUGCACCUAUACUUUUUGUACAAAUUCUUUUAUGGUACAACUUGAACUUGUACCUUUAUGUGAUGGUACAACUUCAAGUUGUAAAGUUGUACCAUAACAUAAUGAUACAAAUUGCUUUAUGGUACAACCUAAACUUAUAUAUUUAAUGUUAUGGUACAACUUUAAGUUGUACAUUAAAGCACCAAUACUAUAUAGCAUAGUAGAAGUGCUCUUAAUUGUCAUUGCAUAUAAAUUUUGAAGUAAACAAUUAAUAGCUAACCGACUCCUUUACGUGCAUGGUUCCAUUCAACUGACUCCUUCUCCAAAGCACACUUAUCCGCGCUAUUACUAUAAUCCUCAAAGGUAUACUAUUACUAUAUACUAUAUUCAAGGUUAUUCAUGCUUGUCCAUGGGGAUUUUUAGAUUUGAAGGCAUGACUUAAUUAUUAUCCGUCAAUAGUUUGUUUCAAGAGAGAUGAAGAUGAUUACGAGUGGUAAGUUAUCGUUAACAUGUAUGCUUUUAGUUUAACGUUUUUUACGAAAUGAUCUUAUCUAUGAUUCUUAAAACAUUUAUGUUCCGGUGGAUUAGUUAAUUAAGACAUCAAACUCGUACGAAAAAAAGAUAUUAAGAUUGAGUAUCAUCAACCACAAUCCGACAUUCCCUUAAUCAUUAAGAAGGACAUUGCUAUAUUUUACCCUGGGAGCAACGUUAAGGGCAAAAACAAGAUAAGAUACAGGCAGCUUCUAGUUCUAGUGAUGAUCAAUCGAUCUUGAUCUCCCCACCACACCGGCCAACUGGUUUGCCGUCGCCCAUCAUCGCCUAGAUUCUAUGUAUACUACUGCUUUUGAUAUAUUAAGUAUUUUUCAGGGCAUGGCUAUUGGCUAAGUGAACCUAUCCAAAUUAGAGACCAAAUAUGAAUUGGGAUCUGAAUUUCCAUAAGACAAGAAAUAUGGAUAAAUCGCCAUUGAUUAAUAACAAUAAUUUGGGAUUAGGAGUAGAGAGGGAAGACACAACACAUGCAAAUGCAAGGGUAAUCGUGAGCACACCCCACACUCAUAAUCUGCCACUUUUGUCUCUUCCUUUUUGCGGCUACGUGUUAAUGAGAUAAUUCCUUGUGGGGUUGCUUUGCAUGCAUGAAUCCUCAUCAUCAAAAUUGAGGUGAUAUGGUCAUCAAACUUUAGGGUUUUCAUAAAUCAGUCAUUAAAACAAGAACAUAGAAAUCAUCCGAUUAUGAAAAAGUGAGUUCAGAUUCGCAUUAUUCGUUUGACCGGAUCUCUCAUCAAAUUCUAUUUCAUUCGUUUGAUUGAGUUGUCAGAACUCAUACUUGCUCAAUAGUCUUGAUUUGAAUUCACUACAAAUUAAGGGUUUGAAUUGAAAAAUGGAAAAAAGAAGUUCUAUAUAGAAUAUCAAAAUGUAUAAGGUGUAACCUUCUUUUGAUCUUGGUCACUAAUCUUUACCCUCGUGCUUAUACUAAAUCCUGUUCUUUAUUCCAAGAAGUAAUAUUUAACAUCCAAAAGAAAAGAGAAACAUUGCCCUAAGGAAAGAGAAGGUAUGAGCAAUAUUGAGUAAGGCCGACAAGAAGGACGGAGGCAGCCGUUGUAUAAGUUAACCAAACACCUCCCUCCCAUUCUGAUAAAGCCUGUCAUUCUUGUCCCUCACCAUCCCCUCUACUUACUUUCGAACACCAAUAUCCCAUUUCUUCCGAGGGAGGGGUCGCCUUGACCUCCUUGUCCAUUGAAAGCUUUUAUCAGUCAAAGUUAUGGUUGGUCGAUCGAUAAAGAGGGAAAGGGAAAGGGAAAAGAGUGAGUGAGUGAGAGCAGAACAGAACAGAGAGAUGAGGUUACUGAACUUAGCUUUGCUUUUUUAGGACUCGCUUCCCUGCCUGCCUUUGGCUUUAACUUGAGCAUGCGUUGGUCAGCUGACGACAUGCACACACACAUAUAGUAUAAGAAUAUGACCACCAUCUCUUCUCAUCUCAUGAAAGUUCCAUUAAUUAUUACCACCACUUCUAGAGACAAGAGUUCCAACCUCUUUCCCGGCGAUGGACAAAAAGGAAAAGCAAGCACCCAACAACUAACAGUAAUAACGAUGUUGUAACAUUAUAAUAAUAGUGGUAAUGGUCAUCCUCCUAUAACCACCACGAUUUGUUACACAAGCAUAACCAAGUAGAAUCAUCUUAGUUAUGACUGAUUGAGCAUGAAGUAGGUUAUCUUAAAGCUACCUUGAUACAAGAUGGAGGAUUUGGGAAUCCAUUAUGUGGCAUGUGUCACUCAGAUCAUCCAACCAUCCAAUCUAGUUUAACAACAUAUCAUGUAUGAUCGUUAUAUUAUAUACCCUAAUCUUUUCCGGAAACUCUCCAACCGUGUUUUAUGAGAGUAGGAAUGGCAAUGGGGCAGGUCCGGGGCGGGUUUCUCGAUACCCAUACCUGCCCCAUAGCAGUUCGGGUCCAGGUCGGGUAGGUGGUUGCUUAUAUAGCCACUGGGUGACUCAUAGCUUCAAGUCGUGAAUAUGAAAGAGCAAAUUAGGAGACCUUGUUUACUGAUUGAUCUUGUUGUUCUAGGUUACUAGUCAACACAAACAACUCAAUGUUGCUCCGAAAGAUAUGAAGACUCGAACUCCACCACUUAUAAUCAACAACUUCUAAUAGUGGUCCAUCGGUUGAAGAGCUUAUUUCAUAUGUUAAUGUGACUUCUUUUAUUAUUAUUAUUAUUAUUAUUAUUAAGCGAAGAAAUGAAUUCACUCAAACCAUUUUGCUCUCAUGCAAAAAUUAUAACAAAGGCAUAAAUCAAAUCUAUGCAUGUUAACUCCAGAAUUAGGUUGCAUUGCAUCUAAACUAUGUCAUUAGUGCAAAUCAAUCAAGCAAAAGAAAUCGCCACCUCUACAUUAGUGAUGUGGGACACAUAGUACAACCUUGGUAGUACUAAACCCCAUGAUGAAUGAUAUGAUGUGUCCCAUCUUGCCUCCCCCCUCUAUAUAUAAUAUGCCCUCUCCUUUCCUCCCCUUCUCAAAACCAAUUCCCUAAACAAAAAACUCACCAUACUCCAUUCCAAUCAAAUUCUCAACCCUUCCAAAACCAAAGAAAGAAGCAACCAACAAUGUACCAAACAGAGUCAUGGGGAUCUCCCUACGUGCCAGCAUCGGGGAGAAACGGAGUCGGGUCUUACUCCGGCGGCGGUGGGGACCCUUUCGAACGGAUAGAGCGGCUUGCGGCGGAGAGCGCGGUGGUGAUAUUCAGCAUAAGCAGCUGCUGCAUGUGCCACGCCAUCAAGCGCCUCUUCUGCGGGAUGGGCGUCAACCCGACCGUCUACGAGCUGGAUCAGGCGGGCGACCCAAUUGCAGGGAAGGAGAUGGAGAUGGCGCUGAUGAGGCUGAUCGGAGCCUCCUCCGCCGCCGCCCUCCCAGUCGUGUUCGUCGGCGGGAAGCUCGUCGGGGCUAUGGACAGGGUCAUGGCUUCCCAUAUUAACGGCACCCUCGUCCCUCUCCUCAAAGACGCCGGCGCUCUCUGGCUCUGAAAACCAAAAACAGAGCCUCGCUUUCUCUAAGUAGACUUUCUUUCUUAUUUCUCUGUUUUCUGGUAUUUGAAAGAAAAACAAGAGAACCCAGGAACAAAAAUUUUAUCUUUUUUUCUUUUCUUGUAGUUGUUGUUGAUUUGUCCAUGUUUUCGUGCUAAUGUUUAGGAAAGUUCCUCCAUUUUUUGGGGUUUGGGAAGGAUCCAAACUAGCUGUUGCUUAAGGACUCUGUUUUCCUUCAGUGGUUGAUUACGAUUAGGGAGGGAGGCCUUUGUGUUUAAAUUUCCAAGUGUUUUUUGCCAUUUUUAGUGAUUUGUGAGAAAAGUGAAGAAAUAGAUGUAUUUGCUCCUCCUCUGUUUUUUUCUCCCUCUUCCUCUCUUCUCAAAUGUUAUUUUUUCCGCCCAUACUUACGUUACUACUACUACAAUUAACAAGCAAAGAUAGUGUAUUGAGAGAUCAUAAUCGGUUGAAAAAUCAUUUACAUCUUAUUUUUUUAUAGAAAUCAUUUGCAUCUUAUUUUUCUUGUAUAGACGUACAUUAUUGUUAUCACUAAUAGAAAGAGUUAUAUAUGUUUAGAGUUCAUUGCAUGAGCACUCACUAAUUAAUAUUAUGUUGUAUGUGACAUUGGUCUAUUUGUACAAUUUCCUUCAACAUGGAUUUUGUACAUAGAGAGGUUGAAAUUUGUACAAUUUGAUUAUGGAUUAUAACCUAGUAGGUCCAUCCAAUGCUCUGGGGCCUUGUUAAGCUGCCACGUUGAGGGAGGAAAAUAAUGGACCCUUGUGGUGGAUUUUAGGACGUGUAGGAGGGGCCCUCUAUGUAAUGGGCCCUGAAGGCCCAUGUUUCUGGCCUAACUAUUUGCACCAUCUUCAGUGCGAUUGGAUCGAUCAUGUAGGCCAUAUAAUAUAUCAACUGUAGCCCUAUAGUGCUUGGCUCCUCAUUCUUCCUUUCUAAAUAUAUAGUCGUGUUAGAAUAAUAUCCACCACAGAUAAUAGUGAUUAACCUCUUAUUAGAAAUUAUCACAUGAAAAGGUAAAUGGUUGAGUAUAGAUUGAGCUCAAUUUUCAUCAGUAAAAAUAGUUAAAUCGAACCCCUUUUUUCUUGAUUAAAGACAAUUAAUCACAACACUAUAUCUGCAUAGUUUGAGGUUAUUACGAGUCAAAAGCCCGGAUAAGCAAAGGACUUGUUCAAGUCAAGAGGGUGGAGGCCAUGUCGACAAAUAGGCUACUUGGGCCGAGAUAGUUCCAGCCCAAUUGGGACAUGUCAUAUUUGUGCUGGUACGGCAUGCUAGCUACAAGCUAAAGAAGGUUCAAAUAAGUUUCCAUAACUUUGACCAACAAUGGAAAUUUAGUAAUUAUUGAUUAAAAAUAUGAUUGAAGAUUUCUUUGGAAGAUUUAUAAAACGCAGAAUAAAGAAUGUGGAAAAUGUAUGAAUUUUUAUAUAAAUAUAUUUCAUCGUUAAUGAAAUUAUAGAAUAACA